AUGCUUUCCGUGGUUAAUUCUUUGCCACAUCAACUUAAUAAAAGAAAUGAUUGGUCAACAUGUUUCACCAAUGAAGGUACAUUUCCAAGACUUAAUGUAGUCACCUCACCUGAUACUCCAACCGAAGGUCAACAAGCAAAGUUCACAGUUUCUGGAAAUAUUCCACAAGAUAUCGAUGGAAAUGACCAGCUUUGGAUAAUAUUUAUCAAUGAUGAUGAUACAAAGGAUGUAACUUCCUAUAGCACACCUGCCUGUGGAGCAAAUGAUCUUCCUCAGUGCCCAAUUAAAGCUGGAACCGAUUUUUCUGUAUUUAUGGAAGUUGAUUCUGUGCCACAAUUUCCUGAUGCCUUCGAUAUUUAUGCUGUAAUUGGGAAUCCACCUGAUACCACUAAAGCGUGUGCAUAUACUGAUGAGUGGCCUGACGGUCCCUAA